GCUUCCUGAAAAGCUGUUGAUUACCUGGCCAGAAGAUUUUGAUGUUCUACCCAAUGAGAAAAGACCUGCUGGUAAAACGAUUGGUGCUAUCCAAGUUGAAAUACUUAAUCGUAAUGGUGAUGCUAUCUCUCGACUACCAGGCUCCCAGCAUUCCUCCAAACGCCUCUUGGUUGAAUUGAAAAUGAUCUUGCACUCUCCAGUAAGAGAUGAAGAGAUUGUAUCUUAUAUCAGUCAGUAUGGCAAGAAAUGGAGUUCUUUUUGGUUCAGAAAAAUGGAGAAUGUGAAGACUCUUGGUAACUAUACACUGAAGCUUCAGUGCGUUAUAAAUGAAAGCAAUGCUGUGUCAUUUGGUGGAAAGCCACUACCAUCACACAAAAUUAAAUUCUCUGUAGUUGAGGGCCCACCUGCCAAAUUCAGUGUAGGGAUGCUAGAGCCGCCAUUCAGAGUUGGUGUACCAUUCAGCAUUCCUCUCAAAGUUCAUGAUGAAUUUGGCAAUCAAACUAAACCAACCUCUAACCUGAAACCCGUUCUUGAAGCAAGUGGUUUAAAAGUAGAGUAUGACUGUGUUGUCCUGAAGGGUAGCACACUUAUCAUUAAGGAUGUAAAGGCCAACGCUAGUGUUGACAGUGCGACUGGAAAGGACUUCAGCUUCAAUAUUAGUCUGCCGAGUUUGAAAAACCCACAAGAGACGAUGAAAUUUAGACUUCUUCCAGGUCCUGUGUCCUCGAUAUUUGUUUCCAGUAUGUCGGAUGAAGAUAUAGAGCUGGAGAAUGGUAAACCUUUGGUGUUUGAUGUUGAACUACAUGAUGCAGCUGGAAACAUAACUGUACAACCCAGGCUGAAUGUGGUCUGCAAGUUUCUAGGUUGUGCAGGUUUACCUACAUACAACACUGACUGUAGUAACACGGGUAAAGGCACAUUGUCAGGCAAUAUUCUCUACGUCAAAAAUAUUAAGAAACCUCAGAAAAUAACGGCUAGAAUUGAGCUACCAAAUUUCAGAAAUGUUCCGGCGUAUGAGAAAUCCGUUACGAUCAUUCCUAGCUGUCAGCCUUGUUACCUUGAUGUCUACUUCACUAAGCCAGAUGGCAAGCUGGAGAAGCUGCUUCCCCAACAGGAACUGGACUGUACUGCUGGAGAACAUAUCAAAGACCUCAUGUUUGCCCUUUUUGAUGAGGGUAAGCGCCACCUUAGGAUGACGCGAGACCUGGCUGACAAGAUUAAAGUAAGUUGGCUGCCUCGGUGCAAUAAGGAUCAACUAAUGGAAGGACGUCUACCAAACCUCAAAAUUCCAGACUCUAUCCUAGACCCUAAGUACUGUGAAGUAAGCCUAAGUGAUGGUUCUGGCGUUGAAUUUUCUUUUACGGUCAAGCCCACCGCUGGUGCUCCAGCACUACUGAAAGCAACAGUCAAAGGAUCUAAGAGCGUGCGUUUGGGUGAAGUAUGGGAUGCUGAAAUUAUUAUUAGCGUCACUGAUGAACAUUCCAAUCCCAUUAAAAAGUUACCUCAUGGGGCUCUAAGUCAACUGGUGGUCAGUGCAGAUAACCUGAACACAAAACAACUCCAGAGGGCGCUUUUGCCAAAUGUUGGCUUUGUCUUGAAGAAUAUUCGGUUUACUGGAGAGGCUCUUGGACAAAGGGAAAUUGCUAUAACCUACUGCGACCUCACCGACUAUGUUAAACUAACCAUAGAUGCUGGGCCACCCACAAAGUUAUCAUUCCUGAAUUAUAAUCAAGCUCAUCCUAUCAUUUUACACACUGAUACAUAUUUGGAGAAUCCAAUAUCUCUUCAAUUGACCGAUGACACUGGCAAUGUGCCAACAAAUAUCCAAGUAAAAGCAACCAUAUAUGCUCCAGGUCUUCAGUUGAGUCCAACACCCAAGGAAGUUACUUCUGACAAGAAAGGAUUGCUCAGUUUUGGGGAGUAUAAGGUGACAGCUGCAAUUGGGACAUACAAGUUGACUGUUAAGGCGUCAUUUGGGAAAAGUAGCAUCACAAGUCCACCACUGACUGUAAGGGUUACGCCAGACCCUAACAAACCAGUUAGCCUUGCUGUUGCCUUCACUGAGAAGAAAGUGACGGCUGGAGGCAAUUUACCAGAUUUCAGUGUGAGAGUUAUAACUGAAGAUAAGGGAACUCUUAAAAACGUUACCUCAAAAUCAGUAUCAAUGGUGAUAAGGAGGUUAAAUGCUGUGUCCUACAGCAGUGACGCGCGGUUGACUAGUGAUGACCAGAAUUUUAUAUACUUCAGGAAUCGUAAAGCACCGGAGAAUAGCGGACCCUGUUAUAUUGCCUUCCAUUAUUCUAGUAAAUAUAAAAACAAAGAGGUUGUGAUUCGGUCACAAGAGCAUAAGGUUACCAUAUCCCCUGGACCACCUGUGAAGCUGGUAUCAGACACCUCUCAAGCCACCCCUACUGUAUCGAACAGUCCUAGGCCUAACACCCGCGUACUGAUAAGCAGUCUUAAAUUGCAGCUAAGGGAUGAAUUUGGUAACCCAGCUGGUGAGGAUGUCAAUGGCAAGGUGUCUGUCACGGUCUCUGGUUCCAAAGCUGCCAUGGAAGAUGAUGAUUUAGAGAUCCCAUGUCUUGAUAAAACUGUCAGUAAUUUAACCUUUCCAAUGGUCAAAGGUUGUGCUAAAAUUGAGAACAUAACUAUUGAGGCCAACACACCGGGUAAAGAUGGUGCUGAGUAUGUUGUGAAGAUGGCUAUAAACUCAUCAAAACUUCAAAACAAAGUACAACCAUUUUAUCAGCCAUUUUUGUUUUAUAAUGAUGCCCGUAAGCAACUGCGCAUGGCGUCACUGAGCAAAGAACGUGAUACUCUCGUACAGGCCAUCAAGGCCUACAAAGAACUCUUUGAGACCAUUGACCAGUUAGUCAAAGAGAUGAAAAAUGCGCAUUCAGAAGCUGUUGACGUUGAGAAUCAAACCAGGAGGGAGCUACAGCAGAUGAACAUUCCUGUACAGCAGCUUCGUUCGGAAGUCAGCAUAAGUAAACUGAUAACAGAAUUAUCAGUGGAGAGAGAGAGUUACUUACGACGACCUCGCAGAACAUGUGGACUGGAGAAGGUGCGGAUAAGAGAUUCGUUAACUCUGGGCAAAUUAGCUCACCUGGCAGAGGUUGAAGAUGAUAAUGUUGCACUUGUACUGUCCUGGCACCUGGCUAGUGACAUGGACUGUGUCAUCACCAAGACAUCAGCCAGAGCCAAAGAGAUCUAUGAUGACACAAAAGGAUUGCAGCAGGUGCUACCUCUUGAUUCAGUAUUCAAGAAGAACUUACCAGAAUGGAACAAACCACUUCCUCAUACAAAAUUUAAGAAGGGUUACAACCCGUCUGGAAACCCUAUCUACGCCCGCCAUUUGUUGAAGUUCCCAGCUGCGGAAGAGGAUUGUAAAUUAGUUUUCCUGAUGUUGUUGGGUAAUACAAUAGUUUUGGACACCCUUGAAGAUGCAAAUAAGUACAGAAUGGAGUUAAUAAAAUUUACACACUGUCCAUCACUAUUAACGAGAAAUGGGAACCGGGUACAGAGUAAUGGAAAAUUUGGUGGUAAACAAAACCGAGCACCGUUAAUGGCAAACAUGCGUGGUGCUGUGUUUGGUGCACCUGUGCCCCAGGCUUACAACAAUCUAUGCAAUCAAAUUG